UUAACCACUAAUGUUCUGUUUGAACCGGUUAAUUUUCAAUCCGAGGCAUGUGAGAUUCUGUUUGUACGACACGUGACCUAACCUGCGUGCCUGUCCCCAGACCGAAAUAUUGGCGACUUGCUGGCAGUUUGACUGAACUUCGGAAGGAUUAACUUCUCCUUCUCACGAUAACGAAAGCACUGCAUUUUGAUGUGUGAAUUUUCGUCUUUUAUGCUUUUACUUUAUUUGGCUGAUCAAACUUAAUAUUUUCCUGUGAUGUUGACGUUUGAAGAUCUGAAGUUACCACUUUUGCUUUAAUGUGGACGUGUACCCACCGGCCUUUGGUUGAGGUGUUGCUUUACAGUCAUGUGAUCAAAGCAGUUAAUUUGGAUAGGAGGUGAUACCCUGAUCUCAGUUUUCACUGUCUUUUGGUUGGAACGGUAACCCUGCUCCGCUGGCUAUCUGUUUUCCACUGUCAGGAGUUUAGCAUGACACUAACAGAUUGCAUGAGUGACUGGACUUGAUGCAUGCUGAUUGCAUGACUAAUGUCUUUGUGGAUUUAUGAAUAAGCAGAUGCAGAUAUGGCUCACACUGUGAUUAAUGGGAGUGUUCCAGAAAAACGAGGCGAUUCUUUAAACGGAGAAGAUGAGAAGGAUCCGCAGUCUCAAUAUUCUGUGGAAACUCCUUAUGGUUUUCAAAUUGACUUGGAUUUUCUAAAAUAUGUGGAUGACAUACAAAGGGGAAACACUAUAAAGAAACUGAAUAUUCAGAGAAAGUCCAAAGUGGGUAAAGGUCCUGCAAAUCCUAGAAGCAUUGGAGAUCAGGUCAGUGAAUGCACAUCAACAGAAUCCCUGUCAUCCUCCAACAGUGAAGACAACAAAUUGUCACCGUCGCUUUUUAUUGGUACAAGAAGCCAGCAUACCCCUCAAAUAAGAAGUGGUGGAAUUGAGACAUCCCCAGCACUUUUAAGCAUUCAAGAAAAGAAACUUGUGCCUCCGCCUUCACCAAGGCCAGCAGCACAUAAUUUCCAUGUUGAAAAAACUCUGAUGGAAACUCGCAGAAGGCUGGAGCAAGAGAGACUGAUCAUGCAGUCUACCAUUGGAGAUACACGGCGCCCUAGGUUUGCAAGUUUUGGAGGCACGGGGUCGACCAACUCUUUGGUUUCAUUUACAGGAUCUGCAGGGUUAAACCAAGCCUCGCCAAAUUCCCAGCAAAUUCAGAAUGGUUUCCAGGCAAAUGGUGAAUACAAUCCUUAUUUUGCUUCGUCGAUGGGCAGUUCCAUUCGUCACAGCCCUUUGAGCUCGGGCAUCACAACGCCUGUCACAAAUGUCACCCCAAUGCAUCUGCAGCACAUCAGAGAGCAAAUGGUCAUUGCACUGCGACGACUCAAGGAGCUGGAGGAGCAAGUGAAAACGAUUCCGAUUCUACAGGUAAAAAUUUCAGUGUUACAAGAAGAAAGGAGGCAAUUAACAGCUCAGCUGAAAAACCAAAAAACUGUGAAUCAGACUGCUGCUUGUGGGUUUCGAAAGCGAUCCUACAGCGCAGGAAAUGCAGAUCACUUUGAGCAGUUGCUGCAGGCUAAACAGGUUGGAGAGCUGCACAUCGACUCGGAGGAUGAAAUGGAAAAUUUUGAACAGAGUUCUUUGAGGAUGGAAGAGUUCAGGCAGCUGACAGCAGAGAUGCAGGCGCUCGAGAAAAAGAUUCAGGACGGUGGUGAUGAAAAACCGAACACAGGGCCAUUGGUAAAGGCAAAAGAGUACAGGUCGGUAGCUGUGGGAGCCGAUGUGGACAUGAAUGGGUUUGUGGUGUAUCAUCAAACUGAAAGGUGUCUCAAAGAUGUGGCAGUGAGCAUGGCUGUUGACCAGACUGAUGCCAGUGUUGGGGUUACUGAGACACUUCUCGGUAUCACCACGGAGGCUGAUAUGGAAAUUGAACUGCAGCAGCAGACGAUUGAUGCACUGAAAGAGAAAAUUUACAGGCUUGAGGUGCAGUUAAAGGAAGCCACUCAUGAGGUGGAAAUGAGUAAACUGAAGUUAGAGCUGCAGGUUGCUGGCUCGAGGAAAAGGACAGAUAAGUAUGUAAUGGUACAACCUCAGGUCACGACUGCAUCAGUACAAGCGACAGUGCAAAUGAAAAACCAAAUAGUAGGUGACCACGUGAGCUAUUGUGAUGCUUGUGUGGGCACUCAACAGCAAACACACAACUCUGGAGUCACCUGUAGGCCUGAUUGUCGAGAUAUCGCUGUGGGUUUGGAUAUACCAAUGAACUGCUGGGUUGUACACGAGAAGGUGGAAUUGCAGGAUAUGGCCGUGGGUCACCGCGUUGUAAUGUGUGAUAAGGCGAUGGAUUGCGGGCUGAAAAGUUUCUGCGAUGUGGCUGUAAAUACAGAAGGAGCAGUGGAGGAUCGAAACCUCGCCAAGAAGGAAGUGAGGGAAUUUAAAUCAGUAGGAUCUGGUGAUUGCUCAGUGGAUGUUAUAAUUUGCCAACCAAAAGAGCUGAUGAAUUCCAGCACAAACACAGAACAAGUUAAUGCCGUUGAUUCCGCAGUAAUGGCAGUACCACAGACAACAAACCAACAGACACAUAUAGAUGUGAAUAGGUUGAACCAAUUCACCAAUACUGAGCUGGUAACACUUACAGACUCUGCCACCAAUACCAUUGUGAGCAAUUGCAAUAAGGAGACCAACACGACAGCCACCGAAACGCGAACUGUCGCUGUGGGAGAUGGUAGAGUGAAGGAUGUCAAUGCAACUGUUAAAACCCGCUCCGUUGGUGUGGGCACGACAUCCACUUGUGACAUUGAUCUGGAGAAGUCGUCAUCUGUAAAAACCAAAGAUUUUGGAGUUGGUCAGUUAAGCAUAAAUGAAAACUUCCUUGUUGGUUUGAAAACUAGAAACAUUGCUUGUGGCACGAUCAAUCAGCCACUUGUGCCUGCUAACACCAAGAGCAUCGGCGUUGGUGAUGGGUCUGUGCUUCCUGCGAAGUACCAAGAGAUGGAGCGAAAUCCUGGGGCAGAAUCUGCAUUGAACCACUAUGUUGAGCGUGUACAAAACUUGCUUCAAGAGCAGCAGAUGCUUCUUGCUGAAAAUUACACUGAACUAGCUGAUGCCUUUGGACAGCCCCAUUCUCAUAUUGGGUCCCUGAACUCCCAGCUUCUCAAUACACUGACUUCUUUAAAUUCAGUCAUGAAAUAUGGGAGCAAUGAGGAAAUAAGAAGCACUAUUAAUGUCAGCCCUUGUACAGAUUCUGCCGGUGCGACUGCAGGAGCAUGUCGACAGCACAGUUCUUGUAUCCAAACCUCCAGUCAGGUUGUUUCUACAACUCUGUCAACAAUAGACACCCAAGUUACUACUUUAAAGAUUGGAGACUCUUGUGAGACAUUGCUGCAACAAGAAGACGUUGUCCUUCAAACUGUUUUAGCCAACCAGCAAACAGCCAAUUCUCUUCAUGUACCUUCUGGCAGCACAGGAGCACUAAAAUCCAUUAUGAAAAAGAAAGAUAGCCCCAGAAAGCAUGAAGCAAAUGGUAUGAAGAAGAACCUUCAGUUUGUGGGUGUUAAUGGAGGGUAUGAAACAACAUCCAGUGAUGACUCAAGUUCAGAUGAAAGCUCAUCUUCUGAAUCAGAUGACGAGAUUGAGGAUCAAGAGUAUUCUAAAGAUGAAGUCAAGGUUAACUGUGAGAUGCAGCCAGAUCGACCGAGCGGGUUCAGGACUGAGACAGCAGGUGUAUCAAAACAGGAGGUUACCAAGUCGGAAAGAAGCGAAAAAGAGAUUGGAAAAGUGGAAAUAAGAGAAAGGUAUGAGUUAAGUGAGAAGGUGUUGUCGGCAUGUAAAAUACUGAAAAACCAUCUCAAUGAUCCAAAAGCAAUGGCCAGCAAAGAAGUGAGACCCUGCCUAAACUACGUCCAGCAUGAAUGGUUCCGUGUGUCUAGUCAAAAAUCAGCAGUUCCCAUCAUGGUGGAGGAUUACCUGAGUGGAUUCAGGGAGAUCUCGCCCGAUAUCCUGAAGCAUGUGGUCAACAUGGCCGAUGGAAAUGGCAAUACAGCUCUUCACUACAGUGUGUCUCACUCAAAUUUUGAAAUUGUGAAGUUACUUCUUGAUGCAAAUGUAUGCAAUGUUAAUCAGCAGAAUAAAGCUGGCUAUACUCCCAUCAUGCUUGCUGCUCUUGCUGCAGUGGAAAAUGAGAAAGACAUGAAAAUUGUUGAUGAGCUAUUUAGUCAAGGAGAUGUGAAUGCCAAAGCCAGUCAGGCUGGUCAGACAGCGCUGAUGCUCGCUGUGAGCCACGGUCGGAUGGACAUGGUGAAAGCUCUUCUCCUCUGUGCUGCUGAUGUCAAUAUCCAGGACGAUGAAGGGUCUACAGCCCUGAUGUGUGCAAGUGAGCAUGGGCAUGUGGAGAUAGUUAAGCUUCUCCUAGCCCAACCUGGAUGCGAUUCCACCCUAGCGGACAAUGAUGGAAGUACAGCAUUAUCCAUUGCUUUGGAGGCUGGUCAUAAGGAUAUAGGGGUCUUGCUUUAUGCUCAUGUAAACUUCUCCAAAGCUUCGUCACCGGGAACACCCAGGUUAGGAAGGAAAACCUCUCCAAGUCCAACUCGCCGAAGCAAAUUUGAUUGAUUAGUACCUGCCAUUCACCUGAUCUUGUACCACGCUGCUAUGUAUUGUUAAUAUUGACAGAUACUGAAUGUAUAUGUGUGCCUGAGUUCACCAGCAAAAAUAUUUCUAGCAGUAGUACUAAAAGGUAGUUCUGUCAAUCCACUGACCAGCAUCUAAACUGGAAAGCAUUAUGGGAGCUGGUGUUAUUCUCUCUUCACUAUAAACAGCAUUACUAUUGCCUCAAAAUAUGCUGCUGUAGCAAGCCUUUUCAGAAUGUUUAAGAUCCCAUCUUUGUUUUAGUUCUCAGUGAUCACACGUGACAGUUUUAUUUGAUUGCAUUCAUUGUUAGAAGUUGUAAUCUAUAUUUUUUGUCUAUAUAAACUUCCAUUAAAAGAUGUGUCAUACUUUUAGAAUACUAUUUAUAUUUUCUGAAAACAUAGAAUAAAAUGAUAACAUUAUAAUUAAGGUGACAUAAAGGGAUACCUUUAUUUAGGUUUCCCUCUUUCACAGAAAUGUAUCUCGGAUUGUUGAAAUUUUUAUAUCAAACAAGAUCAUUUGUAUCAUUAAAAAUUAUAUCAAACAGUAUUGUCAAACUCAUUUAUAUGUAGCCUGUAAUGAAUUUUACAUGAUAACAAUUUACUAUUGAACAUAGCUUUUUAACUUCUUUUAGAAUUUGUCAUUGUAUCUAAUUUGAUUUUAGUGACAAUUUGAGAUAUUAUUUGUAUAUCGACCUGUCCAAUUAAAGGCCUGUACAUGGAUUUCUGUGCAUAUUUAUAAGACUGCAAUUUUGUUACAUUUAAAUUGCGGUGUAUAUUUAAAUGUUUGAAGUGCCUUAGAUCCUUGCCAUAUUUUCAGAAUAAAAGCUCCAUUAUGCUAAUUUGUUGUUUUG